GUCGACUCCUGUCUUUCGUGCUCGUAUCUGAUACUUUCCCGUCAAAGUUCCGUUGCCUGACGUUCGACAGGCGGCGUCGCGAUGACGACUGAAAUCGCUUCCGACAUAAAGAAGCUUCUGCGGAAACAAGAGUUCCCGACUGUUGCAAUAGAGGCGAUCGGCCAACUACAGAAGAUCCUGGCGAAUUUCGUCGGCAUGAGCGUCCCGCAACAGGUCGUGCAAGUGUGUAACGAAGUGCUCGAGGAAUUCGUGUUUUUCGAGAAGAAACGCAAGAAACUAUCUGCAAUUAGAGAAAUACAAAUUCUGGACUUGAUCUGCGCAUCGUUCCAAACCUGUGCCCAAGAGUCUUGCAGGAACCUAUUUUUCGUCAUGUUCCCACCGACAGAUAAACGCUUGUUGGAUCAGCGAAUGCCGAUACUAACACGGCUCAUAUCAUUGGCCGUAACUCUGAAGGUCGACACCAUAUUGGACUGCGCAGCUUUUUGGUUUCACGUCGUCGGCAUCAAGACUACCGUUUCCCUCCAAUUGGUCGAAUAUUUGCUGCGAGAUCUCUUCGAAAGCGGCACCUCUCCGUGCCUCAGCCAUGAACCUGCGCUGCUGGUCAACACGAGUCCAGCGUUCUGCGCGACUUUUGUGACCGCCACUACAUUCAUAUACUCCAUGCGUCUCCCGCCCAAGGCUCUACUAGAGCUCCUAGCCACAUGGCUCGAGGAAAACCUCUAUCUCAGCUACGUCCCUCUCGAGACGGUCAUGCCCACGGCACAGACCUUCGUACCGGGGCUGAUUAGGUGGAUAGUUCUCACGGAUCCGAAUUCUGAGACCGACGCUUCGGUAACGAACAGACUGCAUCUGGCACUGCUGAAAAUUAUCCUCAAGGCACCGCAGGGAAUUAUCCAGGUCGAUAACUUCGUUGCGCUGUUCGAGGCCCUGGAGAAACCAAGCGAGUUGCAGAUUGAGCGCUUCGUCCAGAUCUUGCAAGCAGCUCUGACGGCGCAAUGUGUACAAGGAAAACCAGAGGAGCUGAGGAGAGUCAUUGAAGGCUUUCCGCCGACGAAGUUGAGGGACCUUGUGCUGGAGUAUAACGUCAAGGACCCGCUGCAGAAAUUGUCGUGAUUGGCUGCACGAAGUCUCUUGCCGUUCUGUGC